CUCGCUCACACCUACCUCUACCUGCCUGCCUGCUCCAACGGCCUAGGUAGAUACCCUCUCCCCCGCCAUCCUCCCCCUUCCAUCAUCCCCGUACCGCCACCAUGUCCCGGAGAUACGACUCCAGAACGACCAUCUUCUCGCCCGAGGGCCGUCUCUACCAGGUCGAAUACGCCCUCGAAGCCAUUUCCCAUGCCGGUACCGCCCUCGGCAUCCUCGCGAAGGAUGGCAUCGUGUUGGCCGCCGAGCGCAAGGUCACCAGCAAGCUGUUGGAGCAGGACACGUCGGCCGAGAAGCUCUACAUCCUCAAUGACAACAUGAUCUGCGCAGUAGCAGGCAUGACUGCCGACGCCAACAUCCUCAUCAACUACGCCCGUCAAGCCGCCCAGCGCUACCUCCUCACCUACAACGAAGACAUUCCCUGCGAGCAGCUUGUGCGGCGCCUGUGCGAUCUCAAGCAAGGCUACACUCAGCACGGCGGUCUGCGUCCCUUUGGUGUCUCUUUCAUCUAUGCCGGCUACGACCCCCAGCGCCAGUUCCAGCUCUACCAAAGCAACCCCAGCGGCAACUACGGAGGCUGGAAAGCGACCAGCGUUGGCGCUAACAACGCGAGCGCGCAGAGUCUGCUGAAGCAGGACUAUAAGGAGGAUUGCGAUCUGAAGGAGGCAUGCGGUCUGGCUGUCAAGGUGCUCAGCAAAACAAUGGAUUCAACCAAACUAAGCAGCGAGAAGAUUGAGUUUGCCACCGUGGGCAGAACGAAGUCCGGAAAGGUCUAUCACCAUCUUUGGGGUGCCGAUGAGAUUGAUGCGCUCCUAAAGGAGCACGGAUUAGCCAAGUCGAGCGACGGGGAGACGACUGAAGAGCGCAUGGGCACGGCAGGUUACGCGGAGAAUAGGCCGGAGAGUUAGAUGUGACUCUACAGUCACCCCUCUGAAUGGAACAUGACGAAUGUAAUAUACCUGCCUCUUAUCAAGACGCCAAUACAUUCACGCAGAUGCUCUGUCAUAAUACGAUUCCCAUCCAAUUGCCACAUCG